CCUGGGCAGUCAUACGAAUAACACACGAGGAUCCCGUGACCUCGAACCAUUAUCUUUUCAUCUGGUCCCAUUGAUUACAAGACGAGGUAGAAAUCUACUUUUCUCACUUUCAGAACGAGUUUAACCUAUGUGCGAAGCCCAAGAACUCGGAUUAGUUGAUUUCAAUCAAGAAUUAUUGACAAAAAAGAGAAAUUUUCCCGACAUUCAUUCCCGUUGCUCAACCUUCGCAUUUCCCGAAUACAGCUUUUUCGGUCCAAAUCAAAAUCAUCAGUUUGGAAGAACCGCUACUUUCUGAUAAUCUGAACUGAAGCCUUUCGUCAAGCGCGUUGGAAACUUGACUGCUUGUGCAGUCUAAUUCUCGUAGCUAGCUAAAGUUCAGAUUAGAAGCAAGAGAAUAUAAGACGUUGUCCCUCCUUGCAAUGUCUCUACCUCCAGAGCUGAGGGUGCUGUGCUUCCUGCUCUCGUCGACUGCGGUGUCUGAUCUUCCACGUCUGACACCAACUCUUCUAAGUUAUGUUUUGCGAUGCCAGGUACCGUUGUCGAUGCCUGCCGUUGCUACUGGCAAGGCGGAAGCUUCGUCUUCUGCUGUCCUUGUGCAUAAGCUGAAAACUCAACUGUCGACUCUACUCAAUGGGAAGAGUACCGAGGGCAGGUUUACUGCUGUUGUUUUGAUCAAAGCUGUAGUUGAAAUUGGAGGAUGGGAGAUCUUGAAUGCUUCGGAAUCUUGGGUCCGCGGACUAUUGUCUAUUCUUGGCAAGCCUGAUGCUGUCUCUACGAAAGAGUUAGCUAUAGUAACACUCUCAAAAUUGUAUACUAUGACACACCAAUAUCAGACUCUAAUUCGAGAAAUUACCACACCAACGCUGCCGGCUUUCGUAACGGCGUGUCUGGCUUUGGUAUCGCCGAAGUCAACAACGAAGUCUGCUAUGUUACCCUCAUCCCUUGAGGAGACUAUCUUCGAGGCGUUUUCUAUGCUUGUUCCGCGCCAUACCAGCAUUUUCCGUCCAUUCGCAACACAGAUUCAUACAGUUGUUCGUCGGUAUAUCGCCUCUACGAUCUCUGACGGUCUGUUUGUUCCAUCUUCAGUCAAGGAGAGUGCUCGCCGCCUCUAUGUUGUACUUCACCAGACCGCUGCGAAGAACAUGGGUGGAGAGGAUUGGGCUAACGCUUUGCGUGAGCUCAUCAAAGAGACGCAUGUUACCGCCGAUCAAGUGUUCAGGGCUGUUAUCGAAGACUGGGAAUCUAGCGCAGGAUAUGGUGGCCCUUCUGUGGACGUCAAUAAAGAACUCCGUGGCGGUGGAGAUACCUCUGAAGAACUGCCGCCAUGGAAUGGAAUCUUUGCUGGUAUCGAACGCCUCACUGGCCUACUGGAGAUGUUAGCCAUGUACCUGACGGAAGAGACAUCUGCGCCUGUUGCUUUACCGCUUGGGAGUAUCGUGGACGUUCUGAAUAGAAUGCUGUCUAUUGCUAUUCCUACAUCGUCAAGCUUGAGCACACGAGCCAGUGCUCGACUUCAUCCUGCCAUUGAUCGGGAUGAACGUGAUGUGCUUUGCGCAAGCCUGCCUCGUGUUUAUAUUGCUGCUUUUCAACUCGUCAAUAAGGUGGCAAAGAGACUCGGUGGAAGCUUUUUGUCUGUUGCGCAAGCAGUGUUUGAUCAAUUGGCUUGGGUUUUCCCCUUUGGCAAGCACGACCAGCAGUUCCGCACUGUCGCUUACGAAAUCACUGUGGAUGUAUUGAUGCACAUUGGACCAAGUCUUACUCGUUCUCAGGUUGGAAAGUGUUACGAUAUACUUCGUUCAUGUUGCAAAGACCUUGAAGUUCUGAGUCCAAGUCUCGUCAAUAAUGCUACCUCACUGUCGCAAAAGUCACAUGCGAGCAGAACACACAAUGCCGACACCUUUCUUCAGAUAUCCACGGUGGCACAGACCAGUCCAGCUCAGAGUACAGACCUCACUCUCUCUGCGAGAAAGUUACUGUCUACAUCAUUGUCCCAUUUGCCACAGCAAUACGUCGACAUCUCGAUCCGUAUUUUGAUUGAGCGCACUGCGAUAUUGAGUCACAACAAAGAUGCUAUGUUAGCCUCUGUUCUGAAUCCAUUCGUUGGAAAGAAUGGGAAGCCUAUGGCUAGUAUUCUACCUCAUCUGACAAGAGAGUUUGGCUAUGAUGCCACUGUCGAAAUUCUGCUCCGGCCUCGGAUGCCGCUCCUUCCUUCUACGCCCACACGGCCACCUGUCAAUGAUGCAGUCGACGAAGAGCCCAAUGAUGAAGAUGAGGAUAUGUUACCUCCUGUUGAUGCUCCCUCCACACAUCAGGACCUCGAUGGCAAAGCAACAACUCGUGUCGUCGCUCCUUUGGGUGACUCCAAUCCUCCCAAUGGUCCUUCGGCAUUGACAACUGCUUCACUGCCGCGAGAUGCCCCUUCCGCUUUCGCUUUUGCCGAACCAACAACACCGGCGUUGAACUCUAUUAUUACGAAAUCAUCUUCAAGCUUUGUGCGCACUUCUCAGGAAGCUAUUGCUGAUGUCGACAUGGUGGGAGCUGGAACAGCUGGCUCCCCCAACUUGGGUAUUUUGGGGGCCGAAGGUGAAGAAUCUUCAAGUGAUGAGAGCGUACACUUGACGAUGCAAUUGGACACUGACUCAGAGGAUGAUGAUAUAUGAGGAGCGUUGCUGAGUAUAGGUUGAUGGAGGGGACUCUUUACUUCUGUCUGAUUCUCCCCUAUCCUCGUUUGAGGACUAGACGAGAAAGUAGUCAGGGAAAACACCACGGAUGUCUUCUUCCCAGAUAAUAAUGG